AUGGUUCUUGGUGAGGCACCAAUAUUUCGAGCGAUUGAUUCUACCCUUCACUGGGUGGACUGCCUCUCCGAACCUUCAAGACUAUACAUCCUUAAGAUUGACGACGCUGGGGAUGCAGUGGGAGAGGCCCGCGUCCUUGAGCUUGAAGAUAGUGUCACGGUGGUCUUUUUCCGAAAGAAUAAGCCUGGCUACAUUGCAGCUUAUUAUCAAGGAGUAUGCUUCAUCGACGAAGAGACGGGCAAAAUGGAAGUUGUGAAGGAAAUAAUCCCGACAUCUCAGCGAGCUGAACUACGGUUCAAUGAUGGUGGUAUCGAUGCGAAAGGAAGGUUCUGGCUAGCGGAAAUCGAUAAAACUGCCAUGGCAUUCGGCCCUAACAAGCUUCCUCAAAGUUAUGGAGUACCGCGUGGUCGUCUUUGGAGAUAUGAUCCUGAUGGAAGCCUUCACCUGAUGGUGAAUGAAGGAGUUGUUUGUGGAAACGGGCUUGGUUGGAGUCCGGACAACAAGACCAUGUACUUUCAUGACUCUGUGGCCAUGCUAGUAUGGGCAUACGACUUCGAUGUAGAAACAGGAAGCAUUUCUAACAAGCGCACAUUAAUCGACCGCCGUGACUCGUUCGGUGAACCAGAUGGAAUGGUAGUCGACACCGCGGGAAACCUCUGGAUUGCGAUGUUUGACUCUAAUCGAGUGAUGGUUUUCAGUCCAAGUGGUCGACAUCUGAAAGAUAUUGUAUUUUCUUCAAGAAAUCCAGCCUGCACCACAUGGGGUGGUAAGAAUUUUGACAUCAUCUACAUCGCCAGUGGAAAGGAUCGUCGGCAAAAGCCAGACCCUAACGACGAAGGAGGGCACAUGUUUCGAUACAAGCCAACAGAUGCCCGUGGCCAACCGAAGCAUGAGUUUGAUGGCUAA